AUGGAAGAGAUACAGAACUUGGCGAUUAGAGCAGCAACGCAUUUCAACAAGGCCGAGUAUGACAAGGCGUCACAGUUGUUUUUGGAGCUCAAGCAAAAGACGACAAACAAUAAAGAGGUGUUGAUGAACCUGUCGAUAUCAGAUUACUAUCAGCGUAGUUGCAGCAACCCUGCUAAACUACUCGACGAACUAUCGUCACUCUAUAAAGCUACAUUGGUCAAAGACAAGCAACAACAACAAUCAGACAGUAAAGACAAAGACAAAGAUGUCGGAUCGUCAUCUCCAACAUCCGACCUAUCACCCAACACAUCACCAGUAUUAACUGCUCAGCAGUCAAACAAAUCUGCUGCUACUGAUUCUCCAUCCUCUACCUCUCCACCUCCACCAACUGCUUCAUUGUCAUCUCCUACAACUACAACUGAAUCAUCAUCAUCAUCAUCAUCAUCAUCAACAUCAUCAACAUCAAUUGAUAGUGAACAAGCCAUUCUUUUAUACAAUCAAGCUGUGUUAUUACAUGCGACUAAACAACAUGGAUCUGCAUAUGAACAUUUAGAAUUACUCUACCAAAAUAUGUUGUUUCUAGACGACUAUAUUGCCAUUCGUGUCUGUUUGUUGAUGAUCAAUGUAGCCAUCACCGUGCAAAUGUACGACAAGGCAUAUUCGGUACUUCUCAACCUCGAACAAAGCUUUUCACAUCUAUACUACAACAAUAAGGAUGUACCACCGACUAUUGAUGACGAUGACAAUAAUAAUAAUAAUAAUAAUAAUAAUAAUAAUAAUAAUAAUAAUAAUAAUAAUAAUAAUAAUAAUAAUAAUAAUCUCUCAUCCUCUUCUUCUUCUACUACUACCUCUUUUGAAUCAUCAUCUGCUGCUGCUGCUGAAAAUUGGGCAAACACAAUGAUGACACCAAUCGAAUUUAGAUUCAUCAUUCAUGUUUAUAAAGCCAAACUAUAUCUCCUUUCAAAUUCAAAUGAUUAUCUUUAUCUUGCCAAAGAAGAAAUUAAAAAUGCAAUUUCAAAAGGUGUAAAGAUUAAUUACAAGUUAUUACCAUCAUGUCAUUUAUUAAAAGCAAAUUAUUAUAAUAACCUUGGAUCAAAUACAAGCAAGAUGGUUCAAUUUUUAAAUCUUUCAAAGGAUGGUAUCAAUGAAACCCCAAAUGAACCAACUACUCCUCCAACUACAACUACAACAAAUGUCGCUCCUCCUCCAACUACAACGUCGACAAAAGCAAAGAAUUCAAAACAACAAAAACAACAACAACAACAACAACAGCAGCAACAACAACAACAACAACAACAAUUGCAGCAGCAACAAAUUAAUCCAUUAUCAUUUGGAGUUGAUUUAUUUAUUGAAGAUAUUACACCACAAAUUUAUUUUAAUAAUCUUGGUUGUUUACAUUUUGAUUUACAUAAAUAUACAUCAUCAAUAUUUUAUUUUACAAAGGCAUUAAAAUCUUCAACUCCAACAACUACUUCAACAACACCUUCAAAUAAUAAUAAUAAUGGCAAAUCAUCUAAUAAUUCAUCUUCAUCGGCAGCAAAUAUAACAGUUGAUCCAAAAUCAAUUGAACAUGACAAGAGAACAGAAAUAUUUUAUAAUACUGGAUCAUUAUUAUUGUUGACUGGAAAACCAGAAUUGGCAUUUUCAUGUAUUCAAGAAGCUUGUUUACUUUUACACAACAAUCCAUUGGUUUGGUUACGAUUGGCUGAAUGUUGUAUCAUGGCACAUGUCCAAAGAUGUCGAGAGGAUGACAAAUCAAAUCAAACAAACUCGAUUCAAGUGUUUGAUAAAGAUGAUCAAUACAACAAACGUAUCCUAUUACCAAAUCAAUCAGGUCUUCAUAAAGGUUUACAAAUUGAAGAUAGUGAUGUUCAUUCAACUUUAGUUGAUGAAAAUGAUGAAUCAAGUAGGUUAGGUACAUUAUCAUUGGAAUUUGCAGCCAAAUGUUUAAGAAAUUCAUAUUACAUCCAAAAGAAAGUUUUAAAACAAUGUAAAAUCAAUAAUAAUAAUCAAAAUAAUCCAAAGAAAUCUGCUGCCUCUGCUGUAUCUUCUUCCUCUAGUACAAAUAAUAAUAAUAGUAAUCCAUCAACUACAUCUUCUCCACCAUCAUCAUCUACAUCUACUAUGCCAUCAACAACUUCCAAUAAUAUACCAUCGGGAGUUGAUUUAUACCACCAAAACGCCAUUGAAUUAAUGUUGUCCAUUUUGUCAUCACAAGCAUACAUUGCAUUGUGUACUUGCAACCCAGUGGUGUCACUUACAGCCUCCAAGGAAAUGUUGGCUAUUUGCAAUGAAUAUCCAACCGGUCAAUACGAUAAACACAAAUUCUACGCUCAUUUAUAUGCAGCUGAAUCAUGCAUCAUGUUGAAUGCUCCAGAUGAAGCAAUCUCAUUCCUACCACCACAAUUCAUAGAUUCAAUUGGUAGUAGUGGAGCUGUAGGAGGAGGAGGAGGUUUGUCAAUGGGUGGUGCUGCAAGUAGUGUAAACUCUCCACUCAGUACAUCAGACUAUCAAAAUAUAUUCUAUACCAAUCUUGCGAUUGCCUAUCUUGUCAAAGAUAAUAUCCAAGAUGCAUUAAAAUGUAUAGAAACCAUUUUAAAUGAUAAACAAAAUAAUAAUAAUAAUAAUAACAAUAAUAAUAGUAGUAGUAGUAAUAAUAGUAUGAUGAAUGAUUUCGAUGGUAAACUUAUAUUAUUACAAGUGUAUAUAGAAGUAAGAGCAGGUAGAAAAUUAAGCGCACUUUCAAUAUUAUCAAAACAAAGACCGGUACCAAUUAUAUUUUCUUCUUAA